AAAUGGCAAACUUAGACUAAAUAUAGCAAAUUGGUUGGAGGAAAAUUUCGUCAUCCCCUUGUUUCGGACACCUUUUUUUGCUUACAACCUUUGGAUGGAGAUUUUCACUCCAUGGAGAGACAAAGUUCCUUGUCUGUUCUUUCAUUCUGUCUCUUUCCCAGAAAAUCACAAUUUCUUCCAAAAGCAAACAAGCAUGCUCACACAUUUCUCUUCUGCAAUCUCAUUUUGGCACCAUUUAUUAAUAUUUUUCUUUACCAUUGUUCAUCAGCUAAGGUUUCAGGUCGGUUUAAUCCCUUGAGACUUCCCAACACAAGGUAACCUGAUUUUAACCCCUAUACAUAUACACAUAUAGGGUUAUAUAACUACAUACAUAUAUGAACAGUCCUGGAAACCAUUUUUACUAUCAGAUCAGAUGCAGUAGAAUCGAAUUAUUAGAGGUUUUUUGCAUGAAAAAUCAAUAAAAGAAUUUGCAUUUACAAAUGGCAUUUCAUUUUCCCUUGAGAACUCAGUCAAUUGGAAGCUCGGCGUAUUAUGCAGAAAGAAUAACGGAAGAACCUCACCCUCAGACAAGCAAUAAAAACGCUCAGACCACCGUCACGUUGAUGUACCAAACGAACAUAGUAGGUUAUUGUCGGAAUGUCAAGAUUUUGUGGUGUAAGAACCUUAUGAACCAUUCUCUCAGCAUCCUGGUGAAUAGCACGCAAGGUAAUUUCCAAUACUCGUGCAAGAUCGAUCUUAAGCCAUGGCAUUUCUGGAGCAAAAAAGGGUAUAAAUCCUUUGAGGUUGAAGGGAGCCAAGUGGAUGUUUACUGGGAUCUUCGCUCAGCUAAAUUCACCUGUGGCCCCGAACCCGUCUCAGACUAUUAUGUCGCCCUAGUUGCUGACGAAGAGGUGGUUCUAUUAUUGGGGGAUUACAAGAAAAAGGCAUACAAAAGAACGAAAGCGAGACCGGCUUUGGUUCAACCCUUUUUGAUUUACAAGAAGGAAAACGUGUUUGCCAAGAAAAGCUUUGCGACACGAGCUAGAUUCGAUGAAAAAAGCAAAGAACACGAAAUUGUUGUUGAGAGUUCGAUGACUGGAAUAAAAGAACCUGAAAUGUGGAUUAGCAUGGAUGGUGUAGUUCUGAUUCACGUCAAGAAUUUGCAAUGGAAAUUCAGAGGGAACCAGACUGUUCUGGUCGAUAAGCAACCGGUUCAAGUCAUGUGGGAUGUCCAUGACUGGAUGUUUAGCAGCCUUGGAACCGGCCACGGCAUGUUUAUAUUCAAACCGGUGGCGGCGGAUGCAGAGAGUGACAAAGAAGGAAGUAGCCAAGAAGGAGACAGCGAUGCCGGAAGCAAGUACUAUUCUACACUAAGCGCCGCCACGGCAUCCGAAUUCAGCUUGUUCCUUUGUGCCUGGAAAAUUGAGUGAGGAUAUUGAAAGCAAUUUUCUUUUUUUCUUUUUGCAGUUUCCAUUAAAAAAAAGGCAUACAUAUACAGGUAAUUUAAAUGCAUGUAUAUUGUUGAAGUAUUGUAA